AUGUCUCAAUCACAAUCUGAUCGCUCACCUUACUAUGACAUAGUCAUUGUCGGUGCUGGACCAGUUGGUCUUAUGCUGUCAACAUGUCUCGCUCGUUGGGGUUAUAAGAUCAAGCACAUUGAUAACAGAGCAGAGCCAACUCCGACUGGUCGAGCUGAUGGAAUUCAGCCGCGUUCUCUGGACCUCCUUCGCAACAUGGGCCUCAAGUCCGCCAUCAUGGCGCAUAAGCCAGCUCGUGUUUACGAGGUCGCCUUUUGGGACCCGGCUUCGUCAGGCGAUGGUAUCGCACGAACUGGCACAUGGGCUAGCUGUCCAGACUUUAUUGAUGCUCGCUAUCCUUUCACAACCUUGUUGCACCAGGGUCUGAUUGAGCGUGUCUUUAUCUCGGAUUUGGAAAAGAACGGUGCGCAGGUCCAGCGGCCAUGGACCAUCAAGAGCUUCACAUCUGAUGAGAAAUCCAACCCCGACUAUCCUGUUACCGUCGAGCUGGAGCACGUUGACGGCACAGCCCAGGAGACCCUGCACGCUAAGUACCUGUUUGGUGGCGAGGGCGCAAGGUCAUUCAUCCGCAACGAGCUUGGUAUCGCCGUCCAUCACAAGGAUCCCAUCGCACAUGUCUGGGGCGUUAUGGACGGUGUAGUGAAAACUGACUUUCCUGAUAUCAAGAUGAAAUGUACCAUCCACAGUGAGCAUGGUUCUAUUAUGGUCAUUCCACGAGAGGACAACAUGGUUCGCCUGUAUAUCCAGAUCGCAUCCUCGACUGAUUCAGACUGGAACCCCAGGCGAACAGCUACCGAGGAGCAAGUACAGGAGUCCGCCAAGAAGAUUCUGCAGCCGUAUUCUAUUGAAUGGGAGCGCGUCGAGUGGUACUCCGUCUAUCCCAUCGGACAAGGUAUUUCUGAGAAAUAUACUUUGGAUCAGCGAGUCUUCCUCGGCGGCGACGCCUGCCAUACUCACAGCCCCAAAGCUGGACAGGGAAUGAACACAGCGUUUCUUGAUGCCCAGAACCUUGCCUGGAAGAUACACGCUGUCGAGUCUGGAUUCGCCAAGAGGGAGAUCCUCCAGACAUAUGAGACAGAACGCAAGCACGUCGCUGAAUCUCUUCUCGAUUUCGACAACCGAUAUGCCAAGCUAUUCUCUCAAAGACCGCCCGCGGCAGCUGAGGUACAGGCAGCGUCGGCAGGCCAUAGCAAGAACGGCGAUGUUCAAGAAAACGAGUUUAUCAACACUUUCAAAGAGUCGUGCGAAUUCACCAGUGGAUAUGGAGUUUACUACAAGCCGAACGUUUUCAACUGGUCACCCGAACAUAUCGCACAGUCGCCUCUAAUUCAUCCUCAAGGAACUAAGUUACGAACAGGUCGCAUUUUCAUCAACUCAAAUGUGACAAGAGUCGUUGAUGCCAACGUUGUGCAUCUUGAACAGGAGGUUCCUCUGAACGGCGCCUUCCGAUUAUUCGUCUUCGCUGGUGUCCCGUCAAAAACGCGCCAGGCCCUAAAGGAUCUUGCCAGUCAUCUUGGUAGCCAACGGUCUUUCUACGCCGCAUAUCAGAGAGACGAUCUGGACAAGGUCUCUUAUCAUGAAAAGCACCUCCCUCACAGCCGCUUCUUCACCUUGUCCACAAUCUUUGCUGCAAAGCGACCCGAUAUCGAGAUUUCCCGCGAUGUUCCAGGUGUCCUUGCGCGAUACAGGGACCACGUCUAUGCCGAUGAUCGUUCUGAUGCCCGAUUCGCGCAGGCAAAGGCUGUAGCUCAUGCCAAAAUGGGUCUCGAUGAGGAGCUUGGUGGAGUGGUUGUCGUCCGGCCUGAUGGGUACGUAGGUGUUGUGGUCAGCCUUGUCAAGGGUAGCGGAACAGUGGACGCGCUGAACGAGUAUUUCUCAACCUUCUGUACCAAGAAGCUUGGAACUACUAUGGCACAACUAUAA